AUGGCGCACAGUCAAGACGAAGAGAGUCUCAGUAGCGAAAUAACCCAAGCAUCGAUUGUCGAGGCGGGUACAACAAAAACAUCAGUAUUUGAGCGACUACAAAAAGGUCGUAAGAAGCUAGCAGUUACAAAUCUCUUGAAUCGCAAGAGCGAACCGAGAGCAAUAGCGAGUCCGGUCGGAAAAUUCAAUACACAGACAAACGAUCAACAGCAACAGCAAGAACAAACGAAGCGUUUCUUUGAGAGCGCGAUGACAGAUCAGAGCGCAGACGCGGGUAACAAUAACGCGGAUAGUAUGGAAAUGGACAAAGCAAUGUUCAAUAGUGAUGGUCAAGCGCUUGCAAAGUCUGGAGUUGUUUCGAGUGAAAAGAAAUCAAAUGGAACAGGAAUAGCCACUUCAGUUUCCCCAGCUACAACGAUAAAUAACAACGUAACAAUUGCACCAUCUAAAAGUAGCUUAAAUCUCAAGCCUGAUACUCCAGAAGACGAAGGCUAUUCAGUUGGAAGUGGUCUUCUGAAGUCUCCUAACCAAGGUACUGAAUUUUAUCCACCAGCGAGAGAAAAAAGUGCAGCAAAUAAUUCACGCUGGGGUGUCAGGGGAGGUGGAAGUCCUGGAUCGGGAGAACCAAACAGUAAUCCCCAAAGUCCUAUGGAUAAUUACAGUGACAUUCAUGGCGGAUCAUCACGACCUAAGUCACGUCAAGACAUGCCAGGCAGUAGUGGCGGUGGUGUUGGUAUGGCUUAUCCAAAUUCUCGCUACAGUGUCUCAAACUUUUGGAAAGCAAGACGUAUUCUCUUCUAUCGAAAUGGUGAUCCAUUUUUUCCUGCAGUUGAAUUUCGUUUCAAACCUGGACGAGACAUAUCAACUUUAGAUAAGUUAUUGGACAAAAUCUCUUCACGGAUGGAUCUUCCACGUGGUGCUCGAUAUAUUUUUUCAAUGGAUGGUGACAGAAAGACAUCGUUAGAUGAAUUGGAAGAUGGAUCAUCUUAUGUUGUGUCAUCAUUUAAACAAUUUAAGCCGGCCAGCUAUGGCAAAAAGAACGGUUUAUGGCAUCAAUCCCCGGGAAAUCAAGGAUGGGGUGGAAAUCGUAGUCGUAAAUCUUCGGUAAUUGAUGCCGAUAAUUUGCCAUCGUCAAGUCUAAAGCCAAGCGCGGGACGUGUUAUAAGGAUAAUUAAUAAUAAUGAUCACAGUGUGCAAUGUCGUGUUUUGUUGAAUUUGCGUACAUCGCAACCGUUUGAAGAAGUUUUAGAGGAUCUAGGUCAAGUAUUAAAAAUGACGGGAGCCAAAAAGAUGUAUACUAACGCAGGGCAGGAAGUGCGAAGUUUCUCGCAAUUAAGAAAUGAGUUUGCUGAGGUUGACACGUUCUAUUUGAGUAACACUUCAGCUGCUCCGGUUAUUCCUUUAGGGCCAGGCUUAGUUGCGUCACCCGUUCGACGUUCAAGAUCACGUGCUAGUUUAACUGGAACUGACACUGGUAUGGAUUCAAAGCCCACCACAAUGGCAGUUCGACAACAGAGAGCAAGAAGCAAAAGUCGACCAAGAGUUUUAUAUGCACCUGAAAAUGACAUGGGACGACCAGCAGUGUUACCACCAAACUCAAAUGCCGUUGCAGAAUAUCCAAUCGAUGGUAUGAAGGAAGAUCCAACACGUGUUGUUAUUAGAGGGUUGAGAAGAACAUUUUAUCCUCCAUUACAUCAUGCGCCAAUCGAUAAUAGCCCACCAGACAAGAAGUUGCUUUUAACAUGGGUUCAUGGAUAUCGUGGCAUCGAUUCAAGACGAAAUUUGUGGGUGUUACCAUCCGGUGAACUUUUAUAUUUCGUUGCAGCUGUUGCAAUUUUAUAUGAUCGUGAAGAAGAGAAUCAACGUCAUUAUACUGGUCACACUGAAGACAUUAUGUGUAUGGAUGUUCACCCAUCUCGUGAACUUGUUGGAUCGGGUCAACGUGGUGGACGAGAUAGAAAAUCUCAAGCGCAUGUUAGAAUUUGGAGUACGGAAUCACUUCAAACUUUAUACGUUUUCGGAAUGGGAGAGUUAGACACGGGAGUUUUGUCAGUUGCUUUUUCACAGUUGAAUGGUGGAAGUUAUAUUUUGGCUGUUGAUGCUGGUCGUGAAAGUAUUUUAUCAGUUUGGCAGUGGCAAUGGGGUCACUUGUUAGGAAAAGUUGCGACUCUUCAAGAAGGAUUAUCGGGCGCUGCUUUUCAUCCUUUAGACGAUAAUUUGUUGAUUACUCAUGGAAGAGGCCAUCUGGCAUUCUGGCAUCGUCGUAAGGAUGGAUUCUUUGAAAAAACGGAUAUAAUAAAACCGCCUUCAAGAACUCAUGUAACAAGUGUACAAUUUGAACCUGAUGGUGAUGUUAUAACAGCAGACAGUGAUGGUUUCAUUACUGUUUAUUCUGUUGAUGCUGAUGGAGCUUAUUUUGUGCGAAUGGAGUUUGAAGCUCAUAACAAAGGAAUCAGUUGUUUGGUCAUGCUUUCAGAAGGAACUUUGUUAUCAGGUGGAGAAAGAGAUCGUAAAAUAGCAGCAUGGGAUUCACUUCAAAACUACAAGCGUAUAACGGAUAUCAAACUUCCUGAAAACGCUGGAGGUGUUCGUACGAUUUAUCCUCAAAGGCCUGGUAGGAACGAUGGAAAUAUUUAUGUUGGAACAACUCGAAACAAUAUUCUCGAAGGAUCCCUUCAAAGGCGUUUUAAUCAAGUUAUAUUUGGACACGGACGGCAAUUAUGGGGAUUAGCAGCACAUCCUGAAGAUGAAUUAUUUGCAACAGCUGGUCAUGAUAAGAAUAUUGCUUUGUGGAGGCGCCACAAACUUAUUUGGACUUCUCAGGUCGGCUAUGAAUGUAUCUCCUUGUCAUUCCAUCCAUUUGGUAGCGCGCUUGCUGCUGGUAGUAGUGAAGGUCACUUGAUAGUUGUAAAUGGUGAAACAGGUUCGACAAUGCUUACAUUGAGAGUGUGUGGUUCUCCUUUGAAUUGUCUCGAAUACAAUCAAAUUGGAGACAUGGUUGCCAUUGGAUCACAAAAUGGGUCCAUUUAUUUAUUCAGAGUUUCACGCGAUGGUUUUUCAUACAAACGAGUCAAUAAAAUUCGUGGAUCACAGCCUUUGACACAUAUUGAUUGGAGUUUGGAUUCCAAUUACUUACAAACAGCUACAAUUGAUUUUGAUCUUUUGUUCUGGGAUGUUAAAGCGCUUUCUGCUGAACGAAGUCCAAUAGCAAUGAAAGACGUCAAAUGGUUGACACACAAUUGUACGGUUGGAUUUAUGGUCGGUGGCAUGUGGAGUAAUCGUUACUAUUCAUCACAAAAUACACUCAUUACAACCGCUAGUCGAGCAAGUGGACAUGAUAUGUUGGCAGGUGGCGAUGCUGAAGGAUAUCUUCGCUUAUUCCGUUAUCCAUGCAUAACGCCACGAGCAGAGUUUGCUGAAGCGAAAGUCUAUUCAGGAACUAUUGCUUGUGCUCGCUUCUUGUAUGGAAUGCGUAGUUUGGUUACUGUUGGCGGUACCGAUGCUUCUCUUAUGCUUUGGGAGCUUGCUGAACGCGGAAUGAUGAGUUCAAUGGCUAGCCCUUGUGGCAGUGAACCAGGAACAGCAAUCGCUUCGUCGGCUGCAUUAAAAUGGGUGAGAGCAAGCUUCAGACGUGAACUCAAGCAGGGAAUCGAUAAUCCACAUGAAAACGGAAAUCCACGACGAAGACCUGACGCAUCAACACUCCCCAUUACAACACCAACGCUUCCCAUUACAACAAAUAAAGUUGAACCAGAAUCAAAUGUUAAGCCCGACUGAAGAGACCGAUGAUGGGACAAUGGAUAAUGAUCGUGUUGAAUAUGCUGUACUUCUUCCAGAUUCGUUCGCAGUUCUUGAUUCAACAUUUGAUCAGCAUUCCCUUUAAAAUUUCAUAACGGCACAAAUUUUAAUGAAAC